GUGCCCGCCGCCGGCCCCUGGGGCAGCUACCUCUGCGAUGCGCCCUGGCGCCUGCUCGCCUCGGCCGCCCGCGCCAUGAGGGACCGCCUGCCGCGGCCGGACUUCGUCCUCUGGACCGGGUGAGGAGGGGCCGGGGUCCCGCCCUGCCGGGAUCCGCUGCCCGGCCGCCCCCCAGCAGCGGCGGUCGAGCGGGCCCCGGGCCGGCUCGCUGACGGAGCUCGCCGCCUCCGGCCUCGCGCCGCAGCCUCGGAGCCUGAGGGACGGCGUCUGCCACCGAGAGGAGGAACACCGGGCGCUCCGGGAAUUGGCAGCGGGGGGUUCGGGGGUUCUGCGUUGCGCUCGGGCUGUGGCACGGCCCUGCCCGCUCUGAGGGCUGCCAGGGUUCGGGUGGCAGAAGGGGCGGUCGGAGGGCGGGGGUGUUUGGAGCUUCUGGGGGGUCCAGGGGUCUUCGCACGGUGAGCGUGUCGGAGAGGUGAGAUAGGCGUGUGCCUUAUAAUGCAAAAUGGAGGCUUGGGCGGGGAGCGUAACCACAGCAAGGUCGUGAUGCCAGCCAGAAGCUCCCAGCAAGCUCUAGCAGUGACAAGCAGUAAGAGAUGAUACUCCUCACGUCCCCAAUGAGAAGCUUGGAGAAGAAAAGGUUCUGCACAUAAUAGAAAAUCUGACUUCUCUGAUAAAAGAGACAUUUCCAGAUACUAAAGUCUACGCGGCAAUGGGCAAUCAUGACUUCCACCCCAAGAAUCAGUUUCCAGGGAAGGAGAACAGGAUCUACAACCGAACAGCUGAACUGUGGCAUCCGUGGCUGAAUGACGCUUCCAUUCCUCUUUUCAGAGCAGGAGCUUUCUACAGUGAGAAGCUGCCCAGCCCAAGGACAAGGGGGCGGAUGGUUGUCCUCAAUACCAAUCUGUACUAUGACCAGAAUGAUGAGACAGCUGGUGAAGAAGAUCCUGGAGGGCAGUUCCAGUGGCUGGAAGAAACACUGACCAGCGCCUCUAGAGCAGAUGAAAUGGUCUUCAUCGUGGGGCACGUCCCUCCUGGCUUCUUUGAGAAGAAACGAGGCAAGCCCUGGUUCCGGAGUGGCUUUAACGAACGAUACUUGAAAAUUGUGCAGAAGCACCACAGAGUGAUUUCUGCCCAGUUUUUUGGGCACCAUCACACGGACAGCUUUCGGAUGUUUUACAGUGAUGCAGGUUCUCCAAUCAAUGUCAUGUUCCUGGCCCCUGGAGUGACUCCCUGGAAAACAACAUUACCUGGAGUGAACAAUGGAGCCAACAACCCUGGGAUUCGGGUGAUCGACUAUGAUCCAGACACCCUCCAAGUGUUGGAUACGGUGACUUACUACUUGAACCUAACUCAUGCCAACAUGGUGGCGUCAGCGUGGGAGGAAGAGGUCCCAGCAUGGGAGGAAGAGUAUAGGCUGACAGAAGCCUUCCAAGUCCCCGAUGGCUCUGUGAGCUCCAUGCAGACGGUGCUGGAGAAGAUAUCAAAGGAUCCGCACUAUCUGCAGCAGUACUACGAGUUUAACUCUGUCAGAUACGAUCUCACCCCGUGCGAUGAGGCCUGCCGUGUCGAUCACAUUUGUGCCAUCAGGGAAGUUGAUUUCACAAAAUACGAUGAGUGUGUUAAAACCAGCAGCUCUGCCUCUGCCAUCGUUGGUGUUUGGCUUAUAUUUUUAUGCUUGUUCUUAGGACUUCUCAGUCCCCAGCAAGCACUGUAAUGACCGAGAGCAAGAGAAAAGAGAACACAAGUUCAUAAUGCACGAGUCAGAAAUUGUGAAUGCUUUUGGCAUUGAGAACUUGGAAACCAAGACAAAAUCAGAGGCUUUUAGUAAAAGUUCUGUGAUGUUGAUUUGAAAUCUUCUAGAAAAGCUUGAUGUAUCAGGAAAGGGCAGUGAUUGCUCUGGAGUGUUUUUUUGUCAUGCUGGCUUGCAUCAGGGAGUCUUUCCCCCUUCUCCUGCGACUUGUAAGGUAGUCUGCAAAUCAGAUGAAGACCAGGCCUUUCUGUGGGCGGUGAUGCUCUGUGCACGGGAGCUGUGAGCUGCCCUGUGCUAUGGAGGAGUCUGCUGCCAGGUGGGUUCCUCAUGUUGGCGUGUACUUCUCUUCUGGAAAGACCAGACAACUGGUGAUCCAGAAGAUCUUGUUUUGGUGGCCUUGUACAGCAGUGGCCUUGCCUUUGGCCUAUGAACAAAGCUGGAUGGGAUCAGUUCCUUCUUUGGCAGGUUUGGGCUGUGACUUACACCUGUCAGUGCCCAAGGUGAGGCUCCAGGGUAAGAAGCUUUACUAUUAUUUCUGAAAUUUUAAUUUUUUUUUUUUCCCCAUUGCUGAGCAUGAACAGCUCUUUCUUCUGUGCUCUCAUAACUCCUAUCCCCUUAGUUUCUUCCUUCAGCCGGGCAUUGCGAGCAGCCCCCCCGCCCCUGUCCCCUCCAGCUCCCUUGUACUGUUACUGGAAAGUGGUAAUUAAUUCACUAAGACUCAAUUUUGGAGUUUUAGAAAGCAGGCAUUCUUUAUUACAGUGCCGGACAGAGGAGAGCUCCUCUUAAUGUGUGUGUGUGUGAGAGAAUGAAAUCAAUGAGCAUUUAUACUACCUUAAUCAUACAUAUUCAUUGCAUUUUUAUCAUAUUCAUAACAUUUCCAGGAACUCAUUGAGCAUAUGUUAAUGUCUCUUGCACAUGUCAGUUGGAGUCUUCAGGUGGUCGUCGGGGGUCUUCAGAUGAAGGCUCGUAGUCUUCUUCACUGUGUUCACCGGCUGACCCUUACUGCUGCACAAACUCAGUCCUGUAGUCACGUACACCUUGUCCUUCCAGGCUGGUCUGGUUUUGUUGCUAAUUUGCAGUUUCAUGUUUCUUGGUAUCUGCCACUACAAGCCCAAACUGUCUCCAGUAAGAUUAUUUAUGAGUGCCUUAUCCUACAGUUAUUCCAACUAUUCCUCAGAAGAUCAGUAUUUGUUCUGCAGCACAAUUGUUCAGUGGUUAAAACAUCUGAACUUGAUUUUAGUAAUUCUAUUCCACAGAUUUGUAUUUUCUAAUAAUCUUAGUUUGCAGGUAUCAGUACCGGCGCUGAGCUGGGGGGGCUGGUGGGGGCCGGCUGGCAGUUCCAGGUUUUGCCGUGUCCUGAAAUCCUCCGGUUUGCACUGGGGACACAAAGCUGACUUCCCAAAGCAGCCUCUCCGCUUCC